AACAUCACCACCGCCCAUCCUCAUCGCAACUGCCAAUCAAUCCAUUGCCCCUCCACCACACGUCAAAAUGCCUCUUCUCGGAAGGAAAUUCCCGGCGCAAAUUGCCAAGCCCAUGUGGCCUUUCUACGUCUCUGGUCUUGUCAUCCUCUACGGUGUCAACUCUGCCGCGAACGCCAUGUCCCAGGCCGACGAGUACAAGAACGACCCGCGAAACCCCGCCGUCAAGAACCAGUCAGCGAACCACUAAGCUACAAAUUCCAUGACGUGGAAAGCGGGGUUUGAGCAUAUGGAUGUUAUCAGAUGCAGUGUACAAUAACCGCAGAAAUGGGAAAAGGAUGGAAAUGUCGCACUGAGACAGCCAUGUAGAUUUUGCCAAAUCAAUACUGGUCAAACCAACAGCUAGAGCCUUGUCUGUCUUGAUUAUAGAUUUCAGUGUGCUCAGAAUAGGUCAGAUUCCGUCUGAGAAAAGCAUGUUGUGCUCAAACCCUUGAAAACGUCAUUCUCGUGUGCAGACCUUGACAUGAUUUACGACGAUUGGCCAGACGAUCCUAUCAAAAUGAAAUAACGUAUUACUG